CCUCAUUCAAACGUUUAGAAAAAAUAAAAAUAAUAAAUAUCACGUUCUCUGCUGCUCGCGAGUUGCGAGCCAGGGGCAAAACUGCAACGCCUCCAUUGUUGUUCGUUCGUACAACUUCCAGUAGUUAGCAGAACCACUCUACCGGGCACCAGGUAUUGUAAAUUUGGGAAGCUCUAAAGAAAAGAACAAGACAGUGAUGGCUAGAAAGUACAGUAGUGAAUCUAGUGAAGAUGAUGUGAGGGGUGAGAGAGAUAAAUAUAGAAGUAGAAUCGGUUCUAGGUCAAACAAUCUUCAUGAAACUGGUGAUGAAAUUGAUUCAUCAGAUUCUGAUGGAGGAAACAGAACAAAACGACAGGAGAGACGGGAUGGACAUCGUAGUGAUGAUAUGGACAAGGAAAGGUCCAGCAACGACAAAGAUGGAAGGUGGCUGGAUGAUCAUCGAGAUAGGAAGGGAUCUGGAGAAAGUUCUGAUGAAGAUGGAGAGCUGAAAGAGAAAGACCGGGAUACUCAACUGAAGGAAAGAAAGCAUGAGAAUGGCCAUAGAAGACGUGAAAAUGGGAAGGGUGAUAGAGUGACAGAAUCUUAUAGAAGUUCUGAAGAAGAUGGCGAGCAAGUGAGGAGGCACCGACAUGAAAGGGAAAGGGAGAAACCUCGCCAGCAUGAGAGUGGGCAUAGAAGGCCGGAGACCGAGGAUAGUCAUAGAUAUAGGGGCCGACAUUCACGUCACUAUUCAGACCACAAGGAUGAAAGGGAAGAGCACAGAACAUUAGAACAGAAAAAGGAUAAAAGAGAUGAUGAUAAGAGAAGGAGGUAUAGAAACCAGGAUGAUGAUGGAGAUCUAAAGUAUCGUAGAAAUAACGAGGUAAAAGAAAGACGAGAAGAGAGUCGAAGUCUGAGGCAAAAUGAUGAGCGAGAUAGCAGGAUGCUUGAAAAUUCAAAACCUCAAGGACAGUCAAAGUUACAAGAAGGCAACAUGAGUACUGAUGUGUCAAAUUUAGGAAAAAGUGGUGGAGUUUACAUCCCCCCAUUUAAGUUGGCCCGGAUGAUGAAAGACGUUGAUGAUAAAAGUAGUGUUCAGUAUCAGAGAUUGACAUGGGAUGCCCUCCGAAAGAGUAUCAAUGGCCUUGUGAACAAAGUCAACGCUGCAAAUAUAAAAAAUAUAAUUCCUGAAAUUUUUGCCGAGAAUCUGAUUCGUGGAAGGGGUCUCUUUUGCCGUUCAUGCAUGAAAUCGCAGAUGGCAUCUCCAGGUUUCACUGAUGUGUUUGCAGCAUUGGUUGCUGUUGUCAACACAAAGUUUCCUGAGGUUGGUGAACUUCUGUUGAGAAGAAUUGUGUUACAGCUUAAGAGGGCAUUUAAGCGGAAUGACAAGCCACAACUACUAGCUGCCGUUAAAUUUAUAGCACAUCUGGUCAACCAGCAAGUGGCUCAUGAGAUUAUUGCCUUAGAAUUGCUGACCGUUCUGCUGGAGAACCCUACCGAUGACAGUGUUGAAGUCGCUGUUGGCUUUGUCACCGAGUGUGGAUCAAUACUGCAGGACCUUUCACCUAAAGGGCUUCAUGGCAUCUUUGAGCGCUUUCGUGGAAUUCUUCAUGAGGGAGAAAUAGACAAAAGAGUGCAAUAUUUGAUUGAAAACUUGUUUGCAACACGAAAAGCAAAGUUUCAGGGGCACCCAGCUGUUCGUCCAGAACUGGACCUUGUAGAGCAGGAAGACCAGUUGACGCAUGAACUUUCUCUUGAAGAGGAGAUAGAUCCAGAAAUUACCCUUGAUAUUUUCAAGCCCGAUCCUGAUUUCCUUGAGAAUGAGAAGCGCUAUGAAGAAUUGAAGAAAACCAUACUUGGUGAGGAGUCUGAAGAUGAAGAAGGUUCUGAUGCAGUUUCAGAUGGUGAGGAUGACGACGAGGACGAUGAUGAUGAAGAAUCUGAGGAAGAGGAUGAGCAGCAGAUGCAAAUAAGAGAUGAGACAGAGACAAAUCUUGUAAAUCUUCGAAGAACGAUCUAUCUUACAAUCAUGUCCAGUGUAGAUUUUGAGGAGGCGGGACAUAAGCUCCUGAAGAUUAAACUUGAGCCUGGUCAAGAGAUGGAACUAUGCGUCAUGCUUUUGGAAUGUUGCAGUCAGGAGAGAACCUACCUCCGUUAUUAUGGUCUGUUGGGGCAGAGGUUCUGUAUGAUCAAUAAAGUCCACCAGGAAAAUUUUGAGAAAUGCUUUGUCCAGCAGUAUUCCAUGAUCCACCGGCUUGAAACAAAUAAGCUACGUAAUGUUGCGAAGUUUUUCGCCCAUUUACUUGGCACAGAUGCCCUUCCCUGGCAUGUGUUAGCCUAUAUACGAUUGACGGAAGAAGACACUACUUCAUCUUCUCGUAUUUUUAUCAAGAUCCUUUUCCAGGAAUUGUCAGAACAUCUUGGCAUCCGUUUGUUAAAUGAGCGGCUCACAGAUCCUUCAAUGCAGGACUCUUAUGAUUCUAUUUUCCCAAAGGAUAAUCCCAAGAACACUCGUUUUGCCAUUAAUUUUUUCACAUCCAUUGGGCUUGGUGGCAUCACUGAGAACCUGCGUGAGUACUUGAAGCAUAUGCCACGACUCAUUAUGCAACAACAAAAAGCAGUGUCAGACUCAGAAUCUGAGAGUUCGGGUUCAUCCGAUUCGGACUCUGAGUCUGAAUCAGAACCAUCAAGUUCUGAUGAAAGUGACAGUGAUAGUGACGGACGGCACAAGAAGCGUAGGAGUGAAAGUGAUAGGAAGGAAAGACACAAGAAGCGUAGGAGAGAUUAAGUUCUUUUACUGCCUUGGAAAUACAUAUCAUGAUGUUCUCAAUGAAACACAAGAAUUUUUCGUUGAUUUUCCAAGUUAUGGGAGAAAAUGAGUGGGACAAAUAUGUUGUAACUCUACGAGUCUGUUCACUGUAUAACACCAGUUGAAAUUUUUGCAGUUCUAUGUUAUUGUAGUCAUUAAGCAUGUUCACAAUAUUUAGGUUUCUGCUAGAGUACAUUGUUUGAGCAGUGGUUUCCAAUUUUGGUAUUCUUUGAGGAAUGCUUUUAGGUUCUGUUAUGUUCAACUUGCUGCUUCUUCUUCCGCUUCUUCUUCCUUAUUUGUAUCAAGAAGUCCGUUUGGAUUUUGGGCCUUUGCCCGUUGUGUAUUAUAACUUUGAAUCUUGGAGAUGCAGUAAAGAAGGAUGGAUCUUCACUUUAUUAUUAAA